GGGUUAAGUGGUGUACUGUUGUAAUGUCCUCGUCCUGUGGUUUCACGAGUCUUUACUUUAUGGAAUUUAAUCGUCGCACGUAACAUCAACGCUUGGCAAGUUAACGUAGCUAACGUUACCGAGUGGCAAGUCGAUAGUUGCUGGACUGUGUCAAGUUUUUGUUCAUAUCAGCUUGUUGGGGGAAUGAGACGUCACCGAGGAGAUUGACGUUUUUGUUCCUGUAGGUUGUCGAUUCGUGUACUGUUUUGCAAUGAUCACUACCGUCGAUGACAUCAAGACGCAAACAUUAUCUGUCUGUAUUUACAUAGAAACUUAACGUUAGCCAGUAGGCUGUAAAGGUUGACAGCAAGCUAGCUAGCUCUCUCGUUCGUGAACCCACUGGAAACUCGUCCUCAAAUGCGGGUUUCCUGUCUCAGCUGUGUCCAAGUGGAGGAGCACCAUGCAGCCGAUAUUGACGUCUAUCACUGUCCCAACUGCGAUGUCCAGCACGGACCCUCUUUGAUGAAAAAGCGCAAUAACUGGCAUCGCCAUGACUACACCGAGCCAGGUGACGGCACCAAGCCGGUGCAGGCGGGGACGUCAGUGUUUGUGCGGGAGCUGCAGGAGAGGAGCUUUCCCAGUGCGGAUGAGAUUGUCUUGAAAAUGCAAGGGCACCACGUGACCCCAAAGUAUUUGGAGAAGCACGGGUUCAACCACCCCAUCAUGUUGCCCGAGUUUGAGGGACUGGGUCUCAAGCUGCCCCCUCCUUCCUUCUCCGUGAAAGACGUGGAGGAGUGUGUGGGGGGUGACAAAGUCAUUGAUGUCAUUGACGUUGCCAGACAAGCAGACAGCAAAAUGAAACUCAAAGAGUUCGUCAAGUAUUACUACCAGCCUCAGCGACCAAAAGUGUUGAACGUCAUCAGCUUGGAAUUCUCAGACACCAAGAUGUCUGACUUGGUGGUGGUACCGGAUGUCGCUCAGAAGAUGUCCUGGGUGGAGAACUACUGGCCGGAUGAUUCCUUCUUCCCCAAGCCCUUUGUGCAGAAGUAUUGCCUAAUGGGGGUGAAAGACAGCUACACUGACUUUCACAUAGACUUUGGGGGCACGUCAGUGUGGUACCACGUCCUUUGGGGAGAGAAGAUAUUCUACUUGAUCGAGCCGACCAAGGCAAACCUUGCACUUUACGAGGCAUGGAGCUCCUCUGUCAAUCAGAGCGAAGUAUUUUUCGGGGAGAAGGUGGAGAAGUGCUACAAGUGCGUGGUGCGGCAAGGAACCACUAUUCUCAUUCCCACAGGAUGGAUCCAUGCCGUUCUCACCUCUCAGGAUUCUAUGGCUUUCGGAGGAAACUUUCUUCACAACUUAAACAUAGGCAUGCAGCUCAGGUGCUAUGAAAUGGAGCGACGUCUGAAGACCCCUGACCUCUUUAAGUUUCCCUACUUUGAGGCAAUCUGUUGGUAUGUGGCCAAGAAUCUCCUGGAGACAUUGAGAGAAUUGCGAGAGGAUAACUGUCCACCCCAAGCCUACCUUGUGGAAGGGGUGAAAGCUUUAAUCAGUGCACUGAAAACAUGGCUUAAAAGAGAGGUGACCGAGCCCACCAGUGAGGUUCCCGACCAUAUCAGACCACACCAUCUGGUCAAGGAGCUCACCAAGGAAAUCCGCUACCUGGAGGAGGACCAAGGCAGUGGUGGUGGACACAAGCCAAUGAAAACUCAGGGAAAUGGGGGUUGUCCCCUGACUCGCUCCACGCUCGAGCGUGGGUGCCACGCCAGGCGGGCGGCUCGGAGGUUGCGGGAGCAGCAGCAGCAGCAGCAGCAUCAGCAGCAGCACACCCCGAAGCUGUCCUCCAACCUGGAUGUCCUGGAGCGGCACACGCGCGAGGUCCUGAAGAGGCUGGAGGUCGGCCCACUGGAGGAGGAUCCAGACUUUAGCACAAGAGUGCAUGGAAAGUUCAACAAGGUCUCCAUGGCUUCUGCGGUUACGAUCGAGAAGGGCCUGGACAAUAAUCUGCACCUGGUGAUGUGCAAUGGCAGAAUUGUCAGAGACCAGCGGCCUCGUGGUUUAAUGAAGACUUCGGUAAAGACUGAGAACGGAAAUAUGUUGGCAUACCAACUUAAGCAGGUCAAGACAGAAAGGAUCGAUUCGGAUGAAGAGCAACAUUGCUCCAGAGGUAAAGAUUCUCACACAAAUACUCAGCCAGAACUCAGGGGAGAAACGUCUGGUGUUUCGGAUACCGAAUCGGAGGACAGUGGAAGCACAGAGCGGAGGGAUUCCUCUUCGGAGGAUGAUUCAGGGAGUUCUGAGGAUGAAAAGGACGACGUGAAAGGCUCGAUGGAGGACUCAGGGAGUGUGAUGGGGCACCAGGCUAACACAAAACACAAUCAUAAACACAGGCCACUCAAAAGAGAACGUCCUACCUCACCAAGCACAGAAGAAGCCAUUCAGGGCAUGCUGUCCAUGGCUGGGUUGCUCUGCCCACAGCGGCCGGACGAGGAUGGCAACUCGCAGGAGCCAUGGUGGUCCCGGACGGUUCACCUCUCCCCAGAACACCGAGACAGGCAGCCGCCGUCCGGCCCGGAGAGCAAGGUCUUCAUGGACAGCCAGGGCAACAGUAGCAGCGAGGCCUGGGACCAUCACGAGAUCCCGCCCAGCCCUUUACGCCAAGAAGACAGCCCGAGGGGGGACUUCCAGUACCGGGAGAGCUCCAUGUCCCCUCCCCUGCACCCUUCCAAGAGACAUGCUUCCAACCCCCCUCCCAUCAGCAAUCAGGCUACUAAAGGCAAACGUCCGAAGAAAGGAAUGGCUACAGCCAAGCAGAGACUGGGGAAGAUCUUAAAGCUCAACAGACACAAUCGUCUUUUUGUGUAGUAGGAAGAUUCAGAAAUGUCGACGGAGAAGAGCGCUGCUGUCUUUUUUGGGCUUGUAGCGAUCUGCUCCUCUUUGGAUUAGACACGUAGAACUUAACACAUACAAAGGCCACGAAAGCUACAUCUGGAGCAUGUGCACCCUCAACACGCCACAUACACACACACACACACACACUCACUGUGCAUGCUAAUGAGACAGGGUAUGUUUGAUGGAAGCAAGCACACUGCUGCACCUGUUUGACAUCCAGAAGGUGGAGCAAAUUUAAAAAAAAGAAAAGAUAAAAAAGGAGAAAAGAAAAGAUAAAGAAGAGGAUAUGUUCUCGACACUGCAGGGACUGUGGGAAAUUUACAAUUGUUGUGAUUUUUUUUUUUUUUUUUUUUUUUAAAUUCAUGAGCUCUCCAACAAUUUUUGCCGAGAUGUUGUCAAGAAUAAAGGAGCCUCCUUCCACAUUGGCAUCACAUAAGUCGAAUCGUCACACCAGUUACAACCAGCCUGUAUUGCAUUUUUUGCAUCGUUUUUUUUCUCUCGUCUCCAUGGUAUUGGAGCUUCCACUGUUUCCCUACCUCCAUGACACCCUGUAGCGCCGAGGUGAACGUGCCUCGUGCUUUUUGAGGCCAAGGACAAUCAAGGACAAACUCCGCACGGAGGACAGGCUGUGUGGCCUGUUGAGGUUUAACACUGGGGUGGGGGAUCACCUAGUUGUAGGGUUGGUCUCUCGCUUUCUCUUUCUAUCUGUUCAUCUAUCUAUCUAUCUAUCCACUUCUAUCUUCUACCUUUACAUCUGUCUUUAACCUAGAUAGCUGUCUGUUUGUCUUUCUUUACAUGGGGUCCUUCUAGACCUUGAGAAGGGAAAGGUGCUAUGGUGAUAAACUGGAAAUUCCUUAAUGGUGCUGAAGUUUGUGUGUCCUGCGUGUGUCCUUUUCCCCUGCCCCUAUCUCAGUCACACCAGCAAUAAUGAUGACCUGAUGUUGAGUGGAGUGAACUUAGGUCCUAGAGGGCAUUCUCAUGCAUUAGUCUUCCUCUGAUCGCCACUAAUCACCUCUCGCAAUGGCUGUACAAGUCAUUUGUACACAUGUAUUUUUUUUAUCAUCACAGCCACAGUCUGUCGGAAUGCUCUAAUGUUUUGCAUCCGUGAAAUUGUUAUUUUUUUGUUUUGUUUUUGUUUUUUAAACAAAAAGUAUCAAAGCCAUAUGUUAAACGUUUUGUGCAGCAAAAAUGCAGCUCAAGUCACGCCAACACAGAACCAUAGAUAAGUGCUUUGCUGCCUCCUGUUGGUCAGAGGAAGACCUGAUGAGAUUGCCAUCUUUAGUAUUCGUAGGGUAGGAGUUUGCUUGGUUUUAAAGGCAUUAGAUGAUGUACAGGGAUGGAUGAAUGACAGAGUAUCCUACUUAAUUUAUUUGCUUCUUUUUGGUAUCUGACUUGAUCAGUUUCUUUUGAUGGCUUUUCAACUGUGUAUUUAUUAUUAAGUCCUGAAUGCAUCCUAUAUCCUCACCUCCACACUGUACAAAGUAUUUUUUUGUAAAUGUUGAUAUUAUUAAACAGUUUACUUUAGCUCAA